CUCAGAGGGGGUUCAGAUAACCGGAGGACCCGUCCCAGACAAUAUCCAGAAUGCCCAACCUGCGGGAAACACCACCGUGGAGAAUGCCUCGUGGGCCAGAAUGUUUGUUUCUUUUGCCGCCAGCCAGGUCACUUCAGCAAUAACUGUCCAGAACGAUUGCAACAACAACCGCAACAACGUCAACAGCCACAACAACCUCAACAACAGCAACUUCAACAACAGCAGCCCAGGCAGCAACCACCACGACCACAGCAACAGCAACGCGGCAGACAACAGGCUCGCGUUUGUGCAGUUGACCAGAGGGAGGCCGACCAGCACCCAGGUACCAUGUCCGGGAUGAUUAUUCUUAAUGAUGUGCUUGUCUAUGCCUUAUUUGAUACNGGAGCGACCCAUUCUUUUAUAUCACGUCGAUGUCUCGAAGCUAUUGGGGUUCGUUCCACUACCGCUGUCGAUCCUCUCGAGGUGAGUUUAGCCUUGGGAAGAAAGAUAGUGGCUGACGCUAGAGCCACCGAUCUCAGCCUUUCCAUCGGCGGCCGUAUUCUGUUUACUGAUACUUAUGUUAUCGAGAUGAGGGAUUUUGACCUCAUACUCGGUAUGGAUUGGCUAACUCGAUUUCACGCAGAUAUUCGAUGUUAUGACCAAGAGAUUACUCUUUAUCUUCCGGGAGAUGAUCAGAUCACUUAUUACGGCUCCAGGACUCGUACUCUGCCACAUAUUAUUUCUAUGGCGAAAGCCAGAAAGAUUCUUCGACGAGGUGAUUGCCAGGGUUAUCUUGUGAGCCUCGUUGGAGAUAAGUCGAAGGCACGUUCACCUCGUGACAUUCCUAUCGUUCGUGAGUUUGUGGACGUGUUUCCAGACCAGCUUCCCGGAGGUCUGCCUUGUCGACAUGUGGAAUUUUUUAUUGAUCUUAUCCCUGGAGCCGGACCCGUUUCAAAGGCACCGUACAGAAUGGCGCCUAAAGAAUUGCAGGAAUUAAAAACCCAAAUUCAAGAGUUGCUGAAUCUCGGUUUUAUACGACCGAGCGUUUCUCCUUGGGGAGCACCAGUCCUUUUUGUCAAGAAGAAGGAUGGAUCCAUGCGUAUGUGUAUCGACUACCGGGAUCUUAACCGGUUGACGAUCAAGAAUAAAUAUCCACUUCCCAGGAUUGAUGAUUUAUUUGAUCAGUUGAGGGGUGCCUGCGUGUUUUCCAAGAUCGAUUUGCGUUCAGGCUACCAUCAGCUGAAAAUCAAGGAAUCAGACAUACCCAAGACAGCUUUUCGUACGAGAUACGGUCACUUUGAGUUCGUGGUUAUGCCGUUUGGCCUCAGUAAUGCCCCGGCAGUAUACAUGGACUUGAUGAACCGUGUAUUUCAUCCUUUUUUCGACCAGUUC